GAGAAGGUGGGAGAGCUUCUCUAGGCUGCACAGCUGGUGCACAGCCUUGAGAAGUUUCCUGUCUUCCUGCCUCCCUGUUGAGUGGUUCUUUCCCCAGUGCUGCAUCUUCACUUAGAUUCUAUCUUUGACCCUAUGAAUCCCUCCCUUCUGUCCGCAGAGCCCUCGGUGGUGUUUGCCAAGGAGCAGCCGGCGCGCAGUGAAGUGCAGGCCAUGGCGGGGGCAAGUGCCACGCUGAGCUGCGAGGUGGCCCAGGCCCAGACGGAGGUGACAUGGUACAAGGACGGCAAGAAGCUGAGCUCCAGCUCCAAAGUGCGUGUGGAGGCCACAGGCUGUGGGCGGAGGCUGGUGGUGCAGCAGGCGGGCAAGGCGGACGCCGGGGAGUACAGCUGUGAGGCCGGGGGCCAGAAGGUCUCCUUCCACCUGGAUGUCACAGAGCCCUCGGCGGUGUUUGCCAAGGAACAGCUGGCACGCAGUGAAGUGCAGGCCGUGGCGGGGGCCAGUGCCACGCUGAGCUGCGAGGUGGCCCAGGCCCAGACGGAGGUGACGUGGUACAAGGACGGCAAGAAGCUGAGCUCCAGCUCGAAAGUGCGUGUGGAGGCCACGGGCC